AUGCCUAAUUAUCAGGGAGUCUCUCUUGAUGAUUUGGAGAUUUUGAGAGUUAUAUUUGGAAUCUUUCCUACAUAUCGUGACAGUCCAUUGCCAGCAGCUUUUGAUCGUGUUUUACAGUUUGGUGAUGCUAGUGGCAUACAAUCACCAGUUUCCUUUGGUGGUUUUGGGAGCUUGACUAGGCACCUUGGGAGAUUAUCAGCUGGUAU